AUGGAUUAAAUUGAAUUUAAAACACUAGAUGAAUUCAUUAGAUUAUUUCAUAAAAAGGGUAAAAUUUUAUAGAAAUAUAGUGUCGACAUUUACAACAUCUGAAAUGUAGAUUUAAUUGUAACAUUUGGCAUAAAUGCUAAGUGAGAAAUAAAUAUAGACUGAAGCUAAGAAUGAUUGUUUUUUUAAGAGAUGGAGUGAAAUCAAAUUGCCUAUUAGUUUAAUAACAAUUGAUUUCAUAUCUUAAUUAUUUGUGAUUUAUACAAAAGUUAAUGAGACUUUGAAAGAAGAUGUAUUUAUUGUAUUUAGAAUAGAUUUUAUUAGAUUUUAUAUGGCCACUUAUAGUGUAUGAAUUUGAAGAUAAAAAAGUAGUAGUUGAAUAUUUUAAUAUAAUGAAAACCAUUUACGAUAAAAAGUACAGAGAAUUACUAAAGAGUUUUGGAAUAUUAGAAAUAGUUAAAUAUAUGGUAAUAUUGUCGACAAUAAUCACAGCUUAAAACAACCGAAAUUGAUGAUAUGAUUUGUUGUGAAUAACACAAUAAUAAAGAAUAACCAUAAUAAAUCAUAAGUUAAGAAAUUUAAACUAAAAUUGAUUAAUUUGGAUUGUUUAUUAAUGAGAUAAUCCAUUAAAUGAUUAAUGAUUUAAAAUAAACUACAGGAAAUAAUUUGAAUGAUUUAGAAUCAUUAUUUGGAAUAUCUGUUCAUCAAUUACUUUCCUAUUGUACAAAAGAUCAUAAUUGCUGUUAAGUUCAAACAUUAUUAAUUAUUCUUUUAGUAAAUUAAGUAUAUUUAUAUUUAGAAUUAAUUACCUUAAGUUAAUACAGAUAUAAUAUAGAAAGUAUUUUAGAACUUUGAAGCAAUAAGUUUUAUUGUUCUUUUAUAUAAUUCAACAACAUCUUAAGUACUUUAAGUUUACUGCAUUAAAUUGUUUCAAGUUAUUACAAACAAGAAUCCUUCGGUAUCAUCAAUAUAUUAAAUAGAUUAUAUAAAAACUUAUUUUAAGUAUUAUUCCAUCUUCUAAAAAUAAGAAUUUUCUACAAUAUUUACAUUCUGAACCUUUGAUAUGUUCAAUAUUGGAAUGGUUAUUAAAUAUUCCUACUACAAUUAAGAUAACUGAAUAUUAGAUGUUUGAUGAAAAAUUAACAUUUAAAAAUCAUGAUGUCAUGGAAUUAACUCUAAAUUAUUUAUAUAUCUGUCCUGUAAUGAUGAAACAAUAAUUAAUUACAACAUUAUAUACAUUGAUGAGAAAUAACAAAGAAAAUUAAUUAUUUUUGUUAUCCAAUAAACAUUUCUUAAGUACAUUUCCCAAAUUCUUAAUGAGUCUUUAGGAUGAUGAUUUUCUAGAAACUGAUGAAAAUCAAAAUUCAUUACAAAAAUCAGUAUUUAUUUCUUUAAUUUAAAGAUAUAUGAUACUAGUUUAAAAUUAAUAUCAACAGUGUUUAUGAACUAAUUUCAAAAUGGAAAGAUUGAUAUGUUAUUUUAAUGGCUUAAAUUAGCUGAAUUGGAGCAUAUUAAAUAGAAAAAUGAAGAUCUUGAUGGAUUCAAAGAUGCAAGAACACCUAGUUAUUUUAUUAGGUAAUUGAUUACUUAUGGUUUUAAUAAUAUUCUUAAAAGCUCAAUAUUAAAUACUUCUGAAUUAUCAAAUGAAUAAUUAUGGAGAGGAUUUCAUUUAUUUAUUGCAUCUUUUUUGGCUAUAAUCACAAAAGAUUUAAUUCAAUAAGAUUAAAAGAUAUCUAAAUUAAUAGGAAAAAAAGUUGCAUACAGUCCAUAAUUGUUAAUGAUUACAUGUAAAUUAAUAGAUAUAUAUGAAUAUAGAAUUAUUUGAAAAUUAGAAUUGGAUUGAUUAUUAAUUUUGUAUUCGUAUCAUUUAGAUUGUUAACUUUUUGUACAGUUAGACAAUAUCCAUGAAUUUGGAUAUUAUUAAACCAAGUAUUAAUUUUAAGACAUCUGAAUUUGCAUUAUGGUUGAAUCAAUUAUUUAAAAAGAUAUUAAGUAAUGAAAAAGAUAAUAUAUUUCUAAUGAGAAUAAUUUAAACAUUAAUAUGUUAUUAUUAACAUUAUAUAGUGGCAUAAAACUUUGGAUAAUCAUAAUUGGAAGAGAUUUAAUAAUUAUUAAAAGCAUAUAGACAUUUUAUGUAGAGUCUAAUUUGUGGAAGUUAAUAAUUCAAGAAUUUAAAACAUAUCCCAGUAGAUAUUGAAUAUUAGAUUACUUUAAGUCAUUAUUUCUAUAUUGAAUCUUAGAUGAAAUUAAUAAAUUAGAUUAAAUAAAAGUGUUAAAAAGAUCAUCAUGGAUCUCAUGAUUCCUUUUUCAAUUUAUAUGCAUUGUAAGAACUUAUUGCUUAUAUUCAAUAAUAAUUACAAGAAUAUUAUUUGAGUUUGAUUAAAUUAUGUUAAAUAUAUGGUAAAAGAUCUUAAAUUUUCAUUUGGAACUUUUGUUAUGAACUUAUAAGAAUUAAGAAAUAUGAAGGUGAUGUUCUAGAAUCUUAUUUAUAAACAUUGAUUAAUCAACCAGAUAUUAUACAUGAUAUUGUAGUCAGUGAUGAAAUGAUUGUUUAUUAUUAUGAUUGUCCAAAUAUGGUGAAUAUAAAACAAAAAUCAUAAUUGAAAUUAAAUGAAUUGAUUAAAUGGGCUAAUCUUUUAAUAUAAUAAUAAGAACAUGAAUAGAUAUUACUUUAUUAGGAAUAAUAUUCAAGAUAGAGUCAAAUUCUUAUGAAAGAUGUAACCAAAACUUUAGAUAAAUAUAAUUUAAUCUAAUUGCAAAAUUAUGAAAUUUUUGAAAAAGAGAAAUUAAAAUAUGAUCAAUCUAAAACAUUAUGA